UUUGGAUUUAUUAACAAUCGUUUUUAGUUUUUUACGAAUUGUAAGACAGUGUAAACCGAAAAGAGAAUAAAUAAUAAACUUUAUUAGAGAUUUUUGGAAAAUUCCGUAUUUAUUGCAAUUUUCCGUAUUUAGUGUUCAAUUACUAUGCUCGUGAAAUUUUGACUGAUGCAUUCGCAUCAGUCGCAUCAGACAUCAGUCUGGAUCCACCCCUACGUAGAACCAUAGAACCGUAGAACAAUGGAACCGUAGAAUCCUGGAACCGUAGAACCCUGGAACCGUAGAACCAUAGAACCAUGGAACCGUAGAAGCGUAGAACCGUAGAACCGUAGAACCAUAGAACCGUAGAACCAUGAAACCAUAAAACCGUAGAACAAUUUAAUGGUAGCAUUAUAUUAUUAGUGCCUUAUAAUUAUGCAUUACAUAUUUAAUUAAUUAUUACAAUAUAUUUCGUGACUUGUAACCCGGCCUUAUAACCCUCAUUGGUGAUCUGCCACAUAAUAUUUCAUCAGUCCUUUCAUCACGCGCCCGACGUCAAAAUUCACGAAUCGGGUAUGCCCCAAAGAUCAUGGCGGAAUUGCAAUCGAAUGUUUUCGAUUUUGUGUGACUAAUAAUGUUCAUAUUUCAGUUGUGAGUGAUCGAAACUUUAAAAUGGCAAAUUUUUUGACGACAAUAUAGCUUGUCAUUUUACGAUCAAACACUCGUGGUGGGAAAGUGAUUUCCGUGUAACCAUCGUGUACUUUCUUCGUAGUUUGUUUACCAGUCCGGGCUUGUGAUGGGCAUGGUUGGUUAACUGGACUUCGUUUCACAUCGUUUCUAGGUUUACUAAACAUUUCAGAAUAUGUGACAAGUCUGGAUAAAAUAAAGUAGACUGGAUAAAUUCGAGAAGUGAAGGCGAGAAACUGCGAACUGACCCAAUCCAUGGCUAAUACAAAUGCUAAAACUGAAAAUACUGAGCCAACUUACGUUUUAGAUGGAAGUAAGGAUAAUGUUCAUAUAAGAGGUCUGGUGGCACAGCUGAACAGCACGAUCGGUAGUUUACGGCAAGAGAAAUUAUAGACCUUACAUCUCAAUUGGGAAAUGUAAAGCAACUAUGGUUCAUCUUUAAUGUUUACUUCAUCAUUCCUGAAAAGAGAAGCAACUAAACAUAUCAACUUCACUAUCAGUUGUCAACAGGGAAUCGUCGGGAUAACGAAGAAAUGAAUGCUUUGAAGCAGCAGAACUCUGAUCUCAAGCUGCAGUUGUCAGCAUUAAAAUUGGAUCUUGUCAGUCACGGAAAACCUUUGAAUACGUACAAUCCAGAAAGUCAGUUUAUACAAGACCUUCGAAAGAAAGAAGUCCCUGGUAUGAAGGGAGUAGUAUCGUCAUCUGAAGGAUUACACACCAAACUACUGAGAGCUGAAUUGUUGAAAUAUAAAGGAGGGAAAAAAUCGCCUUCAAUUGAGGCAAGUCAAUCAUCCAAAGAUCCGCAGAAUGUGGCGCAAACAUCCCGAUCCCAACUACGGGGUUUAGAACAGUUGCAAUAUGAACUAACAAGCAAAGAACUGCAGUAUGCACAGAGAACACUAGCGAGGAAUAAUGAUCAGCAUUCGCUAUCUCCUCGGAAAAAGAAUUCCGCGUCGGCCCAAAAACUUCAAAAACACUCUUCAAACACGGAACUCGCAGAAAAAGCAGGCCUACCGGAAUCGUCUACUGUUCGUGACGACCUCGUCUCGCCAUGGCAACCUUCGUUCUCAUCAGACGACCGCGCGUCGUUACAAGAUGUCUGGAAACUACUAGACGAGGACAGUCCUGGAUUAACCCAUCGCAGGGACAAAGUCAGCAAGUCUCAGCUUCGGGAAGUUCCUCAACUACGGACAGUUUCACGGUCAAAGGUCAGCCUAGUCACGUGCAUCUCAAGCCAGAGUGUUCCAAGGCUGCACUGUCUGUCAAGGCAGCUGGGAAAUAAACACCCUCCCAGGUAA